CCUUCAGUACCAGGUCACAUGAGAGACCACAUGAGAUUGCGCAUGCGUAAUCGGGUUUCAGUGCAAAUGUGAACUCGGGUAGAAGUCGAAGCCUUGGUUGAUCAGCUCUUCAAUUCUUGGAAUUUGUGUGCUCUUGUGUUUUGUGACUUUCUUGGACAUUUGGAUUUGUUUACUUGGAACUUUGGGCACGUUAUCCAUUCACGCUCGCCGCAUGUAAGUCCCAUUUUGUCAAGUUUUUCUGUCCUCUUACCUUUCCCCCAUGGCUUCACCAACUCGGGGUACGGCCAUCUUGGCAAAAUUACAAGAUGAAUUGUUGGGUCAGUCUUCGUCUGCCCGAAAGCGGGAGUCGAGACAAGAACUGUUAUCAUCAGACCCAAAAGUGAACAAUGGGGAAGAAAUUGUUUCAGAGGAAACAACCCCGAGUGUUGAAUGUAAUAACAUUGAUGAAGAGAAAUCUGGUGACAGUAUCUCUAUUGGCUGUCCAAAAGGGACCAGUGGUCAUUUUGACAAACUUUCAACAAGUGUAAGUGCGGACAAAGGUGCCGAGUUUUUCACACAGGCACUUCAUAUGAUGGAGAAAAAUCAAAUGGCAGUUAUAAACAAAGUUCUUGACAAAGUCACAGAACUGGAAAAUCAUAUCCUUUACGAGCCAGAGGGCUCGCAGUGCGACGGGUCUAUUUAUAGAGCUGACGACAGCGUUUCACAGCAAUGCCUCUCAGAGGCAAGCGAGCCAAUAGCUGGACCUAGCACCGCUCAGCGGCCCUCAGAACAGCAAGCAGCUGGAGUUAGCUCCCCUGCUCAUCAAAACAAUAUGGCGGCCCCCAGUCAACCCUCUAAGCCGGUGUGUGAUCUGGGGAAAAUUGCUAGUGUAUUCAAAGUUUCCGAUCAAACAGGGCCACGGAUCGAAACUGAAUUGGCAGAUUUAGUGGAGGGUCUGCUUAUCACAAAGCUUGAUGAGAAGCAAAAGGCAGAAAUCUUCGAAAAACACGCCCGCCCUGAAAACUGUCCCAAGUUACAACCAUCCCGUGUUAACAGCGAGAUAUGGCGUAUCAUGGAAUCAGACAGUAAGUCACGAGAUAUCAGAGCGCAAAAAGUGCAGAACUCCAUAUGCAAGGGGUUAGUUCCAAUUGUGAAGGUGGUGGACACUUUGUGCAAUAAGGAAACAUUUGAUGUGUCCUCCCUGGUGACACAGCUAGUAGAUGGCAUUGCCUUGAUUGCCUCAGCUAAUCUAGACCUCAGUUUGAAGAGGAGGGACGCAAUUAGAGGGGACAUACGCCCUGAAUUUAAACAACUUUGUGCCCACACCAACCCAAUCACAGAAUAUCUCUUCGGGGAUAAUUUAUCUGAACAGAUAAAAGAACUGACUGACACCAAUAAGUUGGUGACCAAGGUACAUAAUGUGACAUCUCAUCAUUUUCAUCCCUAUCAAAGAGGUGGCCAAAGCAGACCGCCUGUCUUUAGAGGUACAAGAGGUGGCUCACAGAGGGGAAGGGGUCGUUUUUUAGGAAACGGCGGCCCACGGUUCAGUCACCCAUACAGCCGCAGACCUCAACGAGCUGGGAAAAGGACAAAAUUUCUUUAGAAAGACAUCCUGGAACAAGUGAUCCAGAAGAUUCGGUCAGACAAGGCAGAAGGACUGGUAAUCCUACCCAACUGGCCAAGUCAGAGUUGGUACCCAGUGGCAAUGAAAAUGUGUCUCUCCGCUCCAAGGUCUCUUCCCAGAAGAAAGACAACUCUAGUAUUACCGUACAAGCCAGCAGCUGUUCACCCCCUGUCUGCCAAAAUGCAACUUCUAGUGUGCCAUUUGUCGGGGAGAGUCUUCAAGACCUUGGUCUCUCCGAACGAUCUAUUUCAAUUAUUAUGAGUUCUUGGCGCACAGGUACUCGCAGUCAGUAUAAGACCUACCUCAUUCAGUGGGAACAAUUCUGUAUUAAUUCUGGGUUAAAUCCACUUGAAGCAGACCCCGUACCUGUGAUUGGUUUCCUGACCCAGUUGUAUGACAGGGGCUGUGGAUACAGUGUUAUAAAUACCGCAAGAAGUGCCCUAUCUAGUGUCUUAUGCCUACCCUCAGGUACUCCUAUAGGACAACAUGUGCUGGUUAAAAGGUUUAUAAGAGGUGUUUUUAACUCUAGACCAGCACUCCCCAAGUAUCAACAGACCUGGGAUGUGAGUGUAGUGCUAGAUUUUCUCAAGAAGAAGGAGAUGAACAAUUUAUUAUCACUCAGGGACUUAACAGUGAAAUUGACAAUGUUAUUGGCAUUGGUCACUGGACAGAGAUCCCAGACUCUUAAGUGUUUGAGUAUAGAUAAUAUGAUCAAGAGUGGAGAGAGGGUAACUUUCAAGAUAACGGAUUUGCUAAAACAGUCUAGACCAGGCUGUCACUUGAAACCUAUUGAGUUGCAAAGAUUUGAUGUUGAAAGCCUAUGUGUAGUUUCUUGCUUAGAUGUGUAUAUAGAUAGGACUGUAGACCUUAGGUCAUCUCCUCAGCUGUUGAUAAGUUUUACUAAACCAUACAAAGCUGUAGGAACAGAGACUAUAUCCCGGUGGCUUAAGACCGUUUUGAGAGAAGCCGGUGUAGAUGUGUCUAUAUUCUCAGGACAUAGCACCAGAUCAGCCUCUACAAGUGCAGCUUCAAGUGCAGGUGUACCCAUGCAUCAGAUUAUGGAAGCAGCCGGCUGGUCAUCUACCUGUGUUUUUGCAAAGUUUUAUGAAAAACCAGUCAUGUCAAACUGCUUAUUUGGUAAUGCCAUUUUAUCUCAUGGAUCAUCAGUAUAAGUAAUGGAAGUGUUAAGUCAGAUUGAGUUCGAGUGGUUAUGUCUUUGACAAUUGCUUUCUUACAAAUAGCAUAGCAGUGUUGUAGCAUUUCCAUAAUGUGUUACACGUGUCUUGUGAUGUUCAGUGAUCAAUAUAUCAGGUAUGGCUAUGCCUUUCACAUUGUUUCUUCCAACUUGCAUAAAAUUGGGAGUUUGUCCAGUAUUCAUUAGUUGUGGUUAUUAUGCUUAAUAACUGAGAUUUGAGAUAUCAGGUAUAUCUGAUUGUAAGCCCAUUAUAUGACAUGAGAGAAGGGUACUAUUGCCUGUACAAUAAUAUUGCUUUCUUAACAAUCUUGUGUGAUACCUGAUGAUGGAACAUGUUAUAAAUUUGAAAACUAGUUAGAAUAAAUAUGUUUGAUGACA